AGACUGACGAAGCAGCAUGAAACAAACGGAAUGCCGCCAGCACGGAGUCCCUGAUUGCUAGUGAGCAUCAGUGGACAACGGUACUCCAAGGCAUGAUCUUUGUGCCUACGGAAACGCAGGCGGAGCCGACACAGGCGGAAGCAGAGAGAAGUAACCUGGCUACCGUGAUGUUGAACGUAAUGAGGGGAGUAAUGUGGAACAACAAACUACUGCAGGCACACCUGCACGCGGAACGACAGCAAAGACAGCAGUACCAGCAAGACCUGGCCGUUGUAACGGCCGACGUCCGCGACACAGCAGUGCAGCAGCAGCAACAGCAACAGCUGAUGAACUCUACCAUCACACGCAUCAACGGCAUUGAGGCCAAAGCCUCAGCAGCGCCAAGCUGCACGACGGACGCGACGAAGCAAAUCAACGAACGCAUCGAUCACGUCGUCACCAUCAUCGACGACAUAGGUGUUUUCAACGGACCGGACACGAUCAGCAGCACGGUGGCCGCCCUCAAGACGGACAUCACCAAGCUACAGACGAGACCGGACACCGCUACAAAGACAUUCAAGAUGCCGCACUUCGACAUCUGCAAGUUCGACGACUACAACAAGUCGAACGCUUUGACAUGGUGGCAACGUUUCCUCACGGAAGCGUCAUGCCGCACUGUCCCGGCGAAUGACAUGUUGAAGGCACUCUAUUUGCAACUGAUUGGAGGAGCGCAGGCAUGGAUGAACCACCUGGCGGCCACCCACAAGUGCACCAUCGCCGAACUCCACACGCACAUCACGUGGAAGGAGUUCGAGCAGCUAUGGUUCACCCGGUUCAUGGUCCGCAACGUCGUGAAGGCGGCCAUGARUGAGGUGUACACAUGCUCUCAGGGGAACAUGCCAACUCGAGACUGGACAACGAAGUGGCAAAAGAUAGUGACCACGCCAGGAUUCGAUUUGAGUUUUCCAAAUCAACGAUCCGAGUUCUUCUCGCGAUCGUGCGCGGGAUUGCGGUCGGCACUCAGUAAUGAGUACGACUAUACCACAUUCCAGGCCAUUCUGGAUCGAGCGAACUUGGUCAUCCAAACGGACGACAAGGCCGCUAACGAUAGACAAUCCCAGCCGCAUUAUGUGGCUAAGCAGGCCUAUCAACGUCCGGCACAUAACAAUGCCGUGAUUUCUGAGGAAACCGACGACCACCACGCUGCAGCAGCAUCCUCGAGUGAUGGAGGAAUUGUCGCAGCGCUCCCGCCGAAGUGUCCCAAGAGAGUUCGUAAGGACAAGGCGACACAAGAGACGGCAGCGACGGGAGCUGGGCAGCAGCCAUGGAUGGCAUAUAAGAUCACCAAGGAGGUCUAUGACCUACGUCAGAAGUACGGAUACUGCCUUUGGUGCAACGGAGUCACUCAUGUGACCGCACAAUGCCCCGAAAAGGGCAAGGCACGCGUACCCCGUCCAGCAAACUCGGGAAACUGAGUUACGCAAGGAGAGGGGCGACGUCUCUCCUCACUCCGCUGGACCCGGUUUCCUUGCUAGCAAUCGAUGUC